GGGCGGAUCGACAGUUUGUAAACAUCAUUUUACGCUAGGAUAAGCACAACAUACUGGGUCACGUGACCGUCUGUGUAGUAACUGGACUUGACAGCGUAUGACUUAUGAACACGUGCUAUAUUAUGAAAUAAACAAAAAACGAAUCUGGAAUUACGUUCGUUAUACAGUGACACUAUUGGAUGGAUACAUUUAAGCUAAAAAGUGUAACGGAAUACUAAUCAACAUAAGAACAGUUUUUUAUCCGGACGUGCAGAACUACCUUAAAGAAAGACAAUAUAUCAGUUGUGCAAUCGGACAAAACUGAACAAAUGACAUUAAAUUAGAACACGUUAUCAAAUGUGUAGCCUAACGAAGAAACUGAACAGAUGGCAUUAAUGAAGAAUACUAUAUCAAAUGUGCAGCCUGACGAAGAAACUGAACAUAUGGCAUUAAAGAAGAACGAUGGCACAGUUGUACCACCGGACGGUGGAUUGGGAUGGAUGAUAGUUCUCGGUUCCUUUCUGGUGCAUUUAAUCACUGAUGGAAUAUUAUAUUCAUUUGGAAUUCUCUAUAUAGAGUUCUUAGACUAUUAUAAAGGUGGCAAAGGGGAGACUGCUUGGAUAGGUUCACUGGCAAUUGGUUUUCAGUUACUCGCUGGCCCAUUAGCGAGUAUCUUGACCAACAAGUUUGGAUGUCGAUUAACAACAAUAGUUGGUUCUGUGGCUGUUGCCCUAGGAUUUGUGCUCAGCAUUUUUUCACCAAAUCUUUAUUUCCUGUAUUUCAGUUUUGGUGCAAUUUCAGGUAUCGGGUUUUGUUUGACUUAUUUACCAGCUGUUGUUAGCGUAGGACACUAUUUUGAAAAGAAACGUACUUUUGCGGUUGGACUUGCAUCAUGUGGAAGCGGUAUAGGUUCGUUCAUUUUUAAUCCGCUCACAAAAUAUUUAAUUGAUGUGUAUGCAUGGCGAGGUGCAGUACUUAUUCAAGCGGGUAUUGUACUAAACUGUGUCCUUUGUGGAGCUAUAUUUAGACCACUAGAAAAGCAAACAACACCCGCACCUGAAACAAUGGCUUUAGAAAAACUUAAAGUUAGGGAAGGCAACUUCUUAUUGACUAGCGAUACCACAGAUUUAAGGUUGUGUGCCGAUAACAGUGAUAAUGUACAUGGCAGUCAAUCAUUCCUUGAGCAGCCUUCAACAUCAGAAGUUGAAAAUAGUAAACGUUACGCCUGCAAAGAUGAAAAUGGCUCGUUUCACUGUGAAAGUUCUUUACAAAAGAAAGAGAACCCACAAGAACAGCGACUUCGCGCAGAGGAUUUGGCUGAUCAGUUUCAUCGACAUGAAGAACUUUCUCCGAGUGAUAUAGAUUCCAAUACAUCUGCGUUGCUCCCCACGUCGGACAGGAAGACUAAAAGUUUUGAAUUGGUUGCUGACGACAAGACCAAAUUUGCAAAGACAUUGUGCUGUGGCUAUGGACGAACCGAUUUACAGCGUACGAUGAAGCAAUCGUGCAACUUCUCCCCACAGAAGAACUUGAUUUUCAUAAUGUAUCUAAUUUCAAAUGUCUUUGCCAGUUUAAGCCUCAAUGUCCCAUUCGUUUUCUUGUAUGGUCACGCCAUUGAUCAGGGAAUAGACACAGAGAGUGCUAAAUGGUUAGGUUCUAUUAUUGGGAUAGCGAAUACUUUUGGAAGAAUUUUAAGUGGACUUAUUGCGGACAAAUUCAAAAUUAAUCGGUUAUUGCUAUUCAAUACUACAUUGACAAUAUGUGGUAUUGCAACAACCCUUUGUCCUUUGUGCUUUAAUUUUACCUCGUUAGUUCUGUUCUCAUGCGUGUUUGGUCUUUCAUUUGGUAUAUAUGUUCCAUUGAUGUCAGUUGUCCUUGUUGACCUUUUAGGACUAGAGCUGUUAAAUAAUUCUUUCGGCCUGCUACUGAUGUUUAAAGGGAUUGCAAAUUUGAUUGGUCCACCGGUUGCAGGUUGGCUUUACGAUGCAACAGGAAGUUACGAUAUACCUUUCAUAAUUGGUGGCAUCACCUUGACUGCGAGUGGAAUAGUGUUGUAUCCUGUAACCUGUAUAAAGACAUGUCGUAAAAAUAAAGAGUGUAAAGGAGAAGAGCGUUCUAAUAAGACAAAACAUACUGGAUGAACAUUUAAAACAAAUAUUACCAUUCAUAUCCAGAGUUACCAGAAUUUUUUAAGCAUUCAGUGCAAGUGUUGUUACAAGAGAAAUAAAGUAUUAUCUAAACAGAAGACUGUCGCAAAAUGACAAUCAUUUAAAAGAAAAUGUAGUACGUUGUACGUUCAUAACACUUCAUUUAUCAUAUUGUACUCUUAAACCUUCA